CGGCGCCGCUGCGUGAGGUACUGCGGAGGCUGACCCCGGAUACAGCAAAGAAAUGAAAAGGAGUCUGGCUGACACUUCAACUCGCGGCACAGCAGGUUAUUUGCCUGUACCUCUGUUCAAUCAGAAGAAAAGAAGUAGACAGCCCCUCACUUCAAAUCCGCUUAAAAAUGAGCCAGGUGCCAGUUCUGGGACUUGUACUUACGACUUUUCCCCCAGAUCAUUUGGCUGGGGAACUGCACACCCAGAAGUGGCUGAACUACAGAAAGCAGCAAACAGUGGCCAAACAGAACAUCAGAUGGCUCCUUCCCUUAUGAAACCACCAAAUGCAUCAAGGUCUAAUUUAGCAAAUGUUGGAAGAAACUUGUAUGCCUGCAGGGCAGAAGAGAAGGCUCCCAGUACUAAAACUUGGAACCGAAAUGAGUAUACUCCUUUAAGUACCACAGCAGAUUCAAGAUCUGGUAGUGAAAUUAUUCGAAAGUUUGAGAACAUUUCAAAUAGUUUGAAAACUGUUCACCAGCAAAAAACCCCCGAUACCCGUUAUUCAUCUCAGCAUUUCAAACCAACAGAAACCAGCCAAACAUACACAUCUACAAGACAAUGGCCAGUGAAACCUAACACUGUUUCAAGAAGCCUGCAGGAUCGUAGUCUGGCAUAUAAGUUUAACCACAAAAUUCAGCAAAAUAAAAUGAAUGAAAACCAAUUUGUUUGUGUUCCAGAAGGCAAAAGUCAGGCAUUUUCAUUGCCUCAAUUAAAAAUUAAAGAAAAGAAGAAUUCUCUGCGAAUCAUAUCUGUAGUCAUUGAAAGCAUGAGGCACUGGAGUCAGUACACUUAUAAAACAAUGCUAUUAUUUGAAGUUUUAGGCACACUUGAUUCUGCAGUCACACCUGGAGCAUAUGGGGCAAAGAAUUUUCUGCUGAGAGAUGGAAAGGAGAGUCUGCCUUGUGUAUUUUAUGAAAUUGACCGGGAGCUUCCAAGACUAAUUAGAGGUCGAGUGCACAGGUGCAUGGGAAACUAUGACGCAAAAAGGAACGUUUUCAAGUGUGUCUCUGUAAGACCAGCAACUAUUCAAGAACAAAACACUUUCCAAGAAUUUGUUAAAAUUGCAGAUGUUGAGAUGGCGACAUAUGUAAAAACAAUGAAUGAAAUUUAAAAGUUGAAAUAGUUGUCCAAAACUGAUUUUCACUCGCUGUUACCCAGAAAGGCUGGACAUCCUAAUGCAUUUACCAGAACUAAUACUGAAAAUCUGGUUAAAAAUUUGAAAAUAUCACUAUGCUAUGGUCUCCAGCAAAUGUUAGUAACAACGUUUUGUUUCCACUAUUACCUCCAUAGCUUAUCUUGCCCAGUUAAAUAUGAAUAAGAGGGUUUUGUUACAUAGUAGAUCAGAAUUUCUCCAGUAAAAUCUAAAUUAAAAUGUUUAAGUUUCGCAGCAGUGCAAGUGCCUUAGAAAAAAAUCAUCAAUACUAACUCAGAUUGCCAUUGCUUUUUGUUAUCUCCAAUUCCUAGAAAUUCCUCCAAUACCUGUUUCAAAAUGUCGACUAUAUACUUCUUUUGAGGAGCGUUUGGUCAAAGUUUAAUAGCUAGCAAAUGCCACAGAGUUCUCUUUGGCUCUGCACAUUGCACUGAAGCUGCUCUUUGGUAGAAAGCGAGGACGUAGUCUUUAUUCCACUUCAGUUCCAACUAAUGGGCCCCUUUUCCUUUGUUGUCGUACAAGAACACGUGCAAAAGCUUUUCUAGAGAUGAAUAUAAGAGAUACUACAGAAAGAUUUCACAGGAUGCAGCUGUGUAUAUUGGGUAUUCAUACGGUUCCUGGUGAUACGUUAUCCGAGUCAUGAUUUUAAAAAAAAAAAAAUAAUCAGUGUAACAUCUAUAUAAAAUAGCACCCGACCCCGAAGCUGUAGGAGGAUUGCUCAAGGACACAGAGGAAGUCGGAGAGAAAUCAGUAUUUGAACACAGAACUUAGAACUUCCUUGCCUUUGCCAUAGAAACAUCUUUUGUGAGGCAUGGACCGUGUACAUGUUUGUGUGUCUUUGCCUUCAAACAUUAACUUUCAUAGAUUAUUCCUGCU